AUAGAUGAUGUGACGUCACGUCAUCGGUUAGUGGAUUGCGUAAAGACGGAAAAGUGACUGCGACAGGACCGUAUUCACGACUUGAAAUAAUGGCCCUCCGGAGAAUUUUAACCCCAGAUUUACUGAGGAAAGUUACUCAGCCAGUUGUUUUCUCACCAUGUAGAUCCUUAGGAACGGUACCUGCAACACAACCUUCUGAAAAGUCAGAUACAGGUGAAAAGAAAGCGACAAGAAAGGUUGAAUUUAGUUGGAAAGAUGCCUUUAACCUCGAGAGCCAACUGACAGAGGAAGAGAUCUUGGUCCGGGAUCAGUUCAAAGCAUAUUGCCAAGAGAAGCUCAUGCCAAGAAUCCUAAUGGCUAAUAGAAAUGGAGAGUUUGACCGGAAUAUCUUCUAUGAGCUUGGUGCCCUUGGAGUGCUAGGACCAACCAUCAAAGGCUACGGGUGUGCUGGGGUAUCCUCUGUCGCUUAUGGUUUACUCGCCAGGGAGAUAGAGUAUGUAGACAGCAGCUAUAGAUCAGCAUUCAGCGUUCAGUCUUCGCUCGUUAUGCAUCCUAUCAAUGCAUAUGGGACAGAGGCACAGAAAGAGAAAUAUCUACCCAGGCUAGCUUCUGGUGAGCUGAUAGGAGCCUUUGGCCUGACAGAACCCAAUCACGGCAGCGACCCUGCUGGUAUGGAGACUAAAGCUGUCUAUAAUCCUUCAUCAAAGACAUUCACCCUCAACGGGUCCAAGUCAUGGAUCACCAACUCGCCCAUCGCCGAUGUCUUUGUGGUGUGGGGGAAGAAUCAGGAAGAAGGAGGCAAGAUCAGAGGCUUUAUCCUGGAGAAGGGAAUGAAAGGUCUCUCUGCUCCGUACAUAGAUGGCAAGUUCUCACUGCGAGCAUCAGCCACAGGACAGAUCGUUAUGGAGGAUGUAGAGAUCCCGGAGGAGAAUAUGCUGCCCAAUGUGAAGGGUCUUGGGGGGCCGUUUGGUUGUCUGAACAACGCAAGGUACGGAAUCGCAUGGGGCACAUUAGGGGCUGCCGAAUUCUGCUUGGAAACAGCAAGGCAGUAUACAUUAGAUAGGGUACAGUUCGGUUCACCUUUGGCUAGGAAUCAGCUGAUGCAGAAGAAGAUGGCUGACAUGUUAACAGAGAUCUCCCUUGGUUUGCAAUCGUGUAUUCAAGUUGGAAGGCUGAAGGAUGAGGGAAAAGCCACACCCGAGAUGAUCUCCCUAAUAAAGAGGAACUCUUGCGGUAAGGCCCUGGACAUUGCCCGGGUAUCAAGGGAUAUGCUCGGUGGUAAUGGUAUCUGUGAUGAGUACCAUGUCAUUAGACACGUCAUGAAUCUAGAGGCUGUUAACACGUAUGAAGGUACACAUGACAUCCAUGCCCUAAUCCUUGGCCGAGCUAUCACAGGACUCCAAUCAUUCACUGCAACCAGCAAAUAGGCAUGACCCUUACCCUAGUGGAGCUUUUCAUAAAACAAGUAAUCAGUCAUUUUCACUGACAACUGUUAUAAGCUACCAAGAAUCCUUGCUCCUGAUUGGUUCAGAAUAGAUUAGCCAGUGAAUAUCACUUACUAUUUGCUUCAUGAGACACCAGAUGAUGGACUACUAUUCAAAAAAUCGAUAUCUCAAUGGCUACAUGUCAUGAAGCUAUUGUGAAGAUGGGCAGGAUAUGACCUUUGACCUUGUCUUGCAUCCCAUUUAUCCACGGAAUAUAUUCGAUUUUAGCAGUUGUUCCUUUGUUUUUCUGUAUGCUGUAAUUUGGACACACAUCAGCUUUACCCUCUGCAUUUUUCAAGAUAUUAACUGUAUCUUGGCUUUACAUCAUCAUUAUAUCCAACAGGAUGAGCUAAUCCUGCAAUAUCAUAAUGGAGGUCCAGAAUAUAAAAGGGUAUUUUUAUCAGUUCAAUAGAAAAUGUUUAAAAGUUAUUUGAUGUCUUGUUUGUGAAUCAAAAGAAACCAUUACAUACCUUAAGCAUUCACAUUUAUCAAUAUAUCAUUGUGGGUGUAAAGAGUAUUUUCUACCAAUAUGUUUUGGUACUGACCUAAGUCACCUGAUAUCAUUAUGUUGAUAUCAAUCUAUUUCUUGCAUGUGAACUUAUAGAAAUUGUUACCAGAUCUAUGGCCAUAUCGGAAAUGCAGUUCUGCCAUUUCCUUAAAUGAUGGGUAUCAUAACAAACUUUUGCUGCCAAUACUAUUUUUAUUUUGGUUAUUUAUUCAUCCUCGGCGGGAAAGAGUAAGCUGAAUUAGAAAAUUAAGAAUAAUGUAUUGAAAGUAAAUGUGAAAAUUCAUGUAAAUGUUUGUACAUGAACAUUAUGAAUUUGAAAAUUCAAUGCACAAUGCAUGUGUACUUGUUGAUGUAUUUUUUGGUUGUGUCUGAAAUAUCCUUUAUACUUUUUUCUACCUUUUUUUGUUUAAAGGUAAUCUGGUUGAUGCAUUUGAAUUGCACGUCCAGGCAUUGAAAUUGUAUUUUCCUUGACUUUUUGUCUAUUUUCUCUUUCUGUACCAUUUUAAAGUCUCUGAAUAAGGCUACAAGUCAUGGAAUUGUAUAUUUUCAAAGUCUCACCUCACUUUUUAACUACAAAAAGAGAGAAAAUAUAAAACCUACAACUUUGUCAUUAGAAGUAACCACAACAAUGGGUUGGUCAAAUUGUUGCAAUUAGUCUAUAGCUUGAAUACUUAUGAUGUAUAGUCUGACGGAAUAAACCUGAUUAUGAUGCUGGAAAAAGAAAUGUCAUAGGAAAAAACACAUGUAUUUAACAUCCAUGAGUGUAUUGAUAUCAAACUACUUCAUACUGCAAUAGUUCUUCUGUAACAAGCUUGAAAGUCUUAUAAUACUGUACAUAAAAUACAGCAUGUAACUGCAGGAUGAAGUAUGUGUUGAGAGUAGUAAAUCAUGGAACACAUAUACAGGUAAUUGUAAAGUUAUGUUCAAAUUGCCUCAAGUGCUGAUAAAAAGAAAAUGUCUCUCUAUGCAUAAUAGAACCUGUACUGCUUUGAGAACUAUUAGAUUUGAAAGUAUGGUAAGGAGGUUUAAACUUGUGAUAAAUCAAAUCAUGCCAACAUGAAAGGUAUUUAUUAUCGUACAAGUCUUGUCUUGGGAAGAAUAUACUUGAUGAAAAUUCAGGGGAGCAUUUCACGAUAAGAAGUCAGUAAACAUCGUUAUAAGCUACUGAAAUUGCUGCAUCUGAUUGUCUCAGAGCAAGUUUGUCAGUCGUUUGUCAGUCAAGAUCACUGGAAAGAUGAUUCUUUAAACUUUCCCCUGAAUUUAUCAUUGGCACCUACAUGUAUGAAUAACAUAAUAUAUGUAUGUUCUAUCUUUGCAGUUAAUACAAGCACUACCAGUUUUGUUGCACAAAAUGUUUGAUUUAUGGUUCUAUCCCGCUCUCCCCUCCCUCCCCCGAAUAUGGUCACAUGUAUUAUGCCAUUAUUAUUAUUGUAAUAUGUGACAAUCGUAAGAGGGGUCUGCUGUAUAACACACUACAAAAACGCCAGUGUUCAUUUAACACCAGCCUGGUAUCUAUAUCGGUAAACACCAGGGAAGUGUUGAAACAACACCAGUUUAGAAUAAAACCAAUAUUGUUUCAACACUAUUGAUAUUGCUUUAGUACCUAUCUGGUGUUAGCCUAAUGCCAAACCAGUGUUUUUUUCAACACUUCCCUGGUGUUUACUGAUAUAGAUACCAGGCUGGUGUUAAAUGAACACCAGUGUUUUUGCAGUGCUCUUUCAUUUGAAUGCUACUCCUAGAAAUCGACUUAAGUCCUUACACUGAAAUCCCUGAUUCAUGCUUCGCUAAAUGCUUAUGUAAUAUGGUGGAAGAAUGACACCCAUAAAAAAUAAAAUGACUUCAUAAUAAUCAUGUGGGUGACAAAAGUGAAAAUCAACAUGUAUGUGGAAAUAACACCCUUUUUCCCCCACACUCCCUAGUCUGAUUUUAUGACCAUACAUGACAAUACUCAGUUAACAGUAUUUUUCUGAGAGAUGUCAUGAAGCUUUUUGUGAACUUAGCUUUAUUAACGAUAAGCAGAUUACAAAAAAGGGAAUUCAUUUCUUGUAAGUUGCAUUCAAAUAUUAGUCUUAUACUGCAGACCCGUGAUGAGUUUGGUUGGCUUUAGAAGCCUUGUAUAGAUUUGAUGUGCAUGAUGGACAUCAAAACCAAUUAUGUCAUCAAUUUCAAAGUGUAUAUUUUUAUUUGAACAUGUAUAAAAUGGUGAGAGUGAAUAAAGAUAUUGAAAGAACCAUCAAAA